UGACCUUAGUCAUAUUUCAUUUUCUUGAUGUUUAUCUUCGAAAAAAAGAUGUUUUUAAAAAAGACCAUGGCAAAAAAUAUGCGAAUGUUUAGCCAUUAAUUAACCAAUGAAAAAAUGAUGAUGCUGCCUAAAAAGAUUACUCGGAGAUUAAACUAGGGGGCUGAACCUCGGAUCCUGGAUGUACCUAGGUCCCGCCUGAUACCUCACCAUGGGGAAUAAGGAAUCGAUAUCCGGUCUCCAUGACCAGCCGGACCCGUACAACUACGCCCCCCCACAUUCAUUUUGGAACCGUUCCCAUCCGUCCAAUCGGUUGAAGGAUAGAUGCGUGAAUAUCACAUAUCAGUAUGACGUCGUUCCUGCAGUGUUGUGUGGAAUGUGUUUCAUCUUCGGAAUUUUGUAUACCUUUUUCGGCUAUCGAUUCUUCAAAGCAGUGAUGUUCAUGACCGGCUUCAUUUUCGGGAGCGUUGUCACCUAUCUGAUUUGUCUCGAGGAAAAAGUUCUUCCACCUGAGGGGAAUGCUGGUGUCGCCAUUGGCGCGGGGAUCCUGUGUGGUCUGAUCACCAUGCUGGUACAAUACGUGGGGUUAUUCCUGACAGGAUUUCAUCUCGGCGUCCUUCUGGCCCUGGCUGGGCUCGUCGUAAUGGAGCAGUUCUACCACCCGUCAACAAAAUGGAUCGCCUUCGGGAUUCUAUUUGGCAUUGGGGUAUUAUUUGCGUUGAUGACGCUGUAUUUUCAAAAAGGGUGUACGAUAAUAGGAACGAGUGUCUUCGGUGCUGCCCUCAUGGUGUCUUGUCUCGACUACUUUGUGGAGUUGUUCAUUAUGGUGGAUUAUUUGUGGGACCGUAUACGCGUGGUGCGGUCUAAACAGUAUGUGUGCUGGUUCAGCUGGAUUAUCAUCGGAUGUUGGCCUUUUGCAUGUGCCAUCGGGUUAUUCAUUCAGUGGAGGGUGACGGGGAAAGGAUAUGACCAUCACGAAGUCCUCCAUGCAAGAAAAAGAAAUAAGACCGUCACGGUCGCACCGAAGCCUAAGAAGAAGAAACGCUCACGGGAAAAGAGCACCGAGCGUCCACCUCGACAGACGCCGCUGUUACAGCCGCAGACCCCCCAACCACAACCACCAGCGACGCCCCCUAUCAACCCUCAGGAACCGCAUUCCCGCUACCGGCAGUUGUAUCGUGUCAGGCGGUUUAAUGGUGACGUUAUAUCACAGCACUACAUCCAGAGUAUCCAACACAGGUUGUCGCCGGGAAUAAAGAGUAUCCUCGUCCCCAGUACGCAGACGGAACAGGAGCGCCUCAUCGGCGGUAGGGCGGAGGGCGCAAGCACGCACGCCCAACUGUCACAUCUGGGUUAUUGAGGAAGGAGUUAGCUGUGUAGAAAGAUUAUGACUGUUUGUUUGGAGUUCUUCAAAAGUGCUACAAAACAGUUGACUGAGAUCCACCGCAAAUGUUUGUUCCGUGGAAGGCAUUUUCUUCCCCAAUUGUUUUGAACGCAUCUGGCUGGCACAUUCAUAACAGCGUCACUCAGCGGGCUGUCACAUAAAAAAAAAAAUCGUAACAUAAUAUAAUGUAUAAAGACCUGCCGAAGUCAUUUAAGCCAUCGUACAAAUUACAAUGCGACUUAAUGAUGUCAAAAGAAGAAACGCCCAAGUAUCAAAUUGUACGAUUAUUUGGACGAGAAUUGAAUUGACCCAUUCACUUACAAUGUGACAAUGACGAUUGGCAUUGGAGGUGCUACAGCGACGCCCAAUCUCAUCCCCAGGUGAACCCUUGCAUUUAGAGUGAUAUGGAGGAUACCUAGGACCAAGGUUUAAAAUAUGUCGCCUUUCCACUUGCUACCACCUGACUAUAUCAAUAUGUGCUUCAUUGUUCAUAAAAAAAGAUGCAUUUUAACCUUCACAGGCGAGAGUGAAGGAUCUGGUGCUAUUUGUUUUAGACAAGUAGGUCUGUUGCUAUGGUAGUGUUGCUAAGCAAUGGUUGCUAUGGUAAUGUUGCUAAGCGAUUGUUGCAAUGCUACAGUUGCUAUAGUAUGGUUGCUAAGCUAUUGUUGCUGUGGGUGACGGGUUCACAGGAAUAAUUAAUAUGACACAUUCGUGUGAUUUUUUUAAUCAACUUCCAUUUAAAAGUGUUGCCAAUAUUGUGCUCUACAUUUUCCCUUUAUUUAUGGCAAUAUUUGUUUCUAUAAAUAGCCCAGACUGCUAUGUGGAAGGGUAUGGCGAUCCCUUCGGAGUCCUCAUGAUGGGGUUCAAGAGGGGCUUACUGUCUGCAAAAGAUGGGUUCCACCAUUGCCAUCUAUACAAGACAUUUGUUAUUAUGGGGCAGGGUAAUGGGGAUCCCCUUUGAGUCCUCAUUAUGGGGUUCAAGAGGGGCUUAGUGUCUGCAAAAGAUGGGCUCCAGUUGUAUUGCCAUUAUACAAGAAAUUUGUAACUACCUGUGUUAGAAAGGGUAAGGGGAUCCCCUCGGAAGCCCCAUGAUGGGGUUCAAGCGGGGCUUACUGUCUGCUGUUACUUGUAAUAUUAUCAAAUUGUAAUCGGACGUAGUCAAGUAAAAUAUGUAUAUAGAUGUUUUAUAGAUGUUUCGAAUUAUCGUCUGCCUGAAUUUUUAUAACCAAGACUCCCCGAUUGCAAUGUUGCACACAUGAUACACAAUGCUUCAUUCUGGCAGCAGUCUUGAUUCCACAAAGGAGACGAUUGAUUUGCAUGUAGUGUUGAAUUAACCAAAUGGAGCCACAGUUGAAGACUGUUCUGUGUACGUUUUGGGCAGACGACUUGUUAAAUUUCAGGUGUAGAAUUGAAUUUGAAGGGAACCUGUAGUUAACGGUGCCACUUCUAAAAAUGGGGAGUUUUGAACGGCCUGGUUAUAACCCUAGGCGGGAAUAAGCUUCCAUUGCUAGAAUUAGCAGUUUCGAGUUCCCCAGGUAGUUGAUUAUGUGAGCGGGGUAUCUGGGUAACAUUGCAUAACUUGAAAUUCAUUGAAUCAAUGCCCCGUAAUGUGCCAGGCACUAAUGGCUUGGAUGAUUUGAAGAAGUUUGUUUGUUGACUGACAAGCCUUGAGGUUCAAAGGGUCGCAGUGGGUUAUGGCAUUGUCCAAUGUUUGCUUAGGCCUUCUGAUGAGUUCUAAGUGUGCCCAUUUAUUUUGUUUGGGCCCUGGUUCGUCUUUGUCAAAAAGGUCCAUCCACUAGAGGCAGUCACUGGUGUACCUUUUCAGCGCCAUUGGGAAGUUUUGAUACCAGAAAAACAAAAUAAUGGUGUGACAGUCCAGCAAUCAGUCUACGAUGAGAUCCUGUGCUUCAUUGUGACGAACUUUGCAGGCUCUGUACUACAUGUUUUCUGUCACUUAACUACCUAUAAGUUCGGAUGAUGUAAUACUGAGACAGUGUAACUACAUACAAUGACACGUAACUGCCUGAAUAUUUGACGAUAAUGCCAAAAUAACACCAAACAGCGAGCUAUUUCUGUUAAAUGUCAUAAUACUAAAACUGUAAAUGUAUUUGUAACUGAACUUUGUAUCAUUUGUUGCUGUGAUAUCUUUCGUCUGUACGCAUUUUUUGUUUGUUUUGGCCGUAACAUUUACCUAAACGAGGGCGGGUCUAGGAGGUUGGUAUGGUGUGUUUAUUGUUGAUGAGCCUGCAGGCCUAUCGAUUACAUCAUUUUCACACCGCUAUACGGUGUAGGAAAUUUGGCAUGUCCCCAAAUUAGGCCCUGUAAAAAUGUCCCCAAAAUAAAAAUAAAAAUAAAUUUUUUUUUUUUUUUUUUUUUUUUAAGGGGUAAUUUGACCCCCUGAAGCGUUUUUUGACACCUUAAAUGACCAAAUCUCAUCCGAAAUGGCCUAAUUUGAUACUUUUCAUCCUAAAAUUAUGAGUUUUCAGGUGCAUGUGACAAUGUCAGUCAAUAAGGACGUCGCUGUUCAGGCAAAUUUGCGCGAUGAAAUGUCCCCAAAUUAAGCUAAAAAGCAAAAAAACAUGUCCCCAAAAUAGGCUAAAAAAAUACAGGGUGUAGAGGUCUCCAUGUAAUUGAAAGGCCUGAUUUGUCUAUGUUCCUGGUACAAGUGUGAGAUGGGAGAGACCCCUUUUGGCCAUUUGAUGUAACUCAAUCUUGUCUAUAGAGCUGCUUCCUAUUGACUCCUUUAAACAAUACCACAUAACAUGCUAAGGUCAAUGCAACUUGUUUUAAGCUAUGUUUCUGCUUGUUUAGUUGACCCUCUUUAAUCAUAUCAAUGACGUUUUAGUGCAGCAGUCCUUGUCUUGAAUGUUCCUUUAACUUGUACUGUAUAAUGAUUGUAUUCUGAAAUAUGACAAAACUUUUUGUAAUUCUUUCAACUUUAAAGGGAAAACUUGGGCAUGGGAUGUACCUGGCCAGGAGAAUAAUACCAGUGGUUGCCACCAUGUGGCACUACGUAUAGCAUCAGCAUAAAACUGCUCCCUGAUAAUGAUGUUGUCCAGUGUUACAAGGCAGUUUUUGACAUGGCUUGUGAAUCUCAGGGCCUAGGAUUACACCCCGUUCUGAUGCAUUCUUCAUUCCAGUUCAAUGGUUUUUCAAUUAUUCUGUUUGGAGAAAUCCCGGUCCAGUUGGAAGCCAUUUUUGUAUGACAAACCAACAUAUCUCAUGCCAAAGUUGUCCCUUUAAGGAAUCACAAAUAGUUUUGUUAUAUCUUAUGCUGCCUAUAUAGUCAAGCUUUUUCUUCAAAGGCCUAUUUUACUCUUUUUCACCAAAAAUGGCCCUGCUGGCAAAAUAGGCCUAAAAUGGCUGAGAAGAGCCGUCAGCUAUUCACUUCAAACAAGCUAUUCACUUCAAAUAGCUUGUUCUUGGUCAUGGUUGGUCUGAUUCUGGCCAAGCAAGCCGGCUAUACAAAGGCAAAAGGUUCCGUUAUAGGACCCUUUCUCGAUCUAUGGUGAUUAUCAAAACCACGUUUUACACUCUGACCCCAUCAUAGAUUCUGAGAUAGGCCAUCGUAUACAAUCUAUGAUGGGCCAUCAUAGAUGCUGAGAUGGGCCAUCAUAUACAAUCUAUGAUGGGCCAUCAUAGAUGCUGAGAUGGGCUAUCAUAGAUUCUGAGAUGGGCCAUCAUAUACAAAUCUAUGAUGGGCCAUCAUAGAUUCUGAGAUGGGCCAUCAUAUACAAUCUAUGAUGGGCCAUCAUAGAUUCUGCAACAGCAGUUCUCAUGGCCCCAUUGGUCAUGUUCAUUUUGGGUAAUCCAUAAUCCUGAAUUGGUUGGGUCCAAAUCAAUAUUUUCUUUCUGUUUGAGAUUAUUUAUUUGUUUUGUGUUUUUGAAAGUACAGCGUUUUGAAUCCGAUCUGUUAGUAUGUGGUCUAGCGAAGUACUUAAUUUUGUUUUUGCAUGAAUGUUUUUCGUUUGUUCUUGGACAUUUCUGAAUUUAUUUUUUAAAUUCGCGAGUUAUACAGUUGUUUAUGUUGAUGCUGGUGUAUUCCCUGCUAUGGAUUAGAUCUGAAAGGAGGUUUGGAUCGGAUGGGGAUGUGGGGGGGGCACAAGAUUUUGAGUUGUAGAUCUGAUUAUAGGUCUAACCCGUUCAUCUUCAACUAAAAAGAAUAGGUGGUGGUUGUUUGGUUGUGGUGCUAUGGAAAUCCUCUCUGUCACAGCCAUAACUUCACCUAUGAUUUAUACCACUGUACCAGCUGAGUUUGGCAAAAUUCUUGUGGUGAAAUAUACAAAAUUGCCAUGCAGUAAAUGUAUAUUUCCAUGUCAAUCUAAGUACAAGUAUGCACACUGCGAUGUACACUGACUAACAUGUGUAACACUGCUUGCUAUACACCUUUCCAGAAAUGGGGAGCUGAGUGUCCGAAAUAGUGAUGUCAUAAGGGGAAACUAGGCCUUAUGGUGGAGGGACAAAGGAGAUAGUCGACCAACACACUUGAAUGCCUUUCAUGACGGCCAAGGGGGAAAAAGUUAGUUCCAAUGCAAGCCACCAAUUUCGGGAAGCAUGUAUAACUGUAUACAUACACACAGUUUUACUGCAGUCAUCACCUGGUGUCAGAAAAUGGCACUAGAUUUUCUCAAACCACAGGCAAAUACCAAAACAAGAGUUGUAAAUGGACGGGGUAGGCCUGGGGGGGGGGGCACAAGACGUUUAUUUCUUAUGUCGGUGUAAAAAUGUUAUGACCUGUACAUAAACUCACCUGUAUGAUAAUUGUACAUGUAUCUUAGGAUCUGAGCACAUUUGGCUCAUUUCAUUUGUUUGGACAAUUUUGGAACAGUCCACUUUGGAAUUUUUUUGAAUUUUAGAUUUCAUUUUGGGAUGUUGUUGCCAAGGGGGGGUACAAUGUUUACAUUAGCAUUGACAGCUGCAUAAGAGAAAAGGGUCAAGAAACUCUUGGUUAGGUUACCAGCGUUGUACUCUGAUUAGGGGAUGCACGAGGUGGGAUUCAAAGUCAGGACUUUCGUAUUGGAGAUCAAACCCUGCUGAAAAUGACUAAAGUUGAGAUAUCGAGUGACCUUGUAUUGUGGCGAUCUUGCUAAAGCAAGUACAUUUGUUUUUAUGGUCGAUGUCCAUAUAAGUUAAGUCAUGAGCAUUGUGUAUGUAACUACACGUAUAUAAUGUUUAUGACAGGCCUGUGAAUGUAUUUGUCAUUUGCUUUGAAGCAUCUUUCUGCAAUUUGAUUUCGAAGGCUCAGUGUUUGGUAUUAAAAACAUGUUUUCAUGAAA